AAUAAACAAUAUUAUGAAAUAAAAAAAACUGAGAAAUUUGAUUGUUAUAAUUUAUCCUCACAAUGAAAAGAUUUGUAGUUCUCCCUACACUUUUGGCGUUCAUUGUUCUCGUCAAUAUUCGGGGUACAUUUGGAGAUGAGACCUAUUCAGAUUUUUUACCUAUUUGGGAUUCUAUAGAAGUUGGAGGUGCACCAGUUGGAUCACCUGAUCCGGUAGCAUCACCUGACGGUGGCGACGUGUAUCAGGAGAGAGGGGAGGAACCACCAUGUAUGCAGACGGACACUGCAUGUAAUGACGAACAGUGCACUGUUAAUUGCCAAAAGCUUUAUGGUCAAGAUGGAGGAUGUAUGGUGGUUCCUGAUAAUAACAUAUGUUGUUGUGGUAUUUAAUACCCCUACCUCAUUAGAAUGUGGCCUUUGGUAGGUAGGUAAAACAUAAUGUUAUUUCCCUUAUUUUCUUAUUGGGGAGACAUGCAUUUUCAUAGUUUUUCCUCUUUUUGAAAUAGUGAUUCAUAAUUUACUUUUAAUUUUUUUUGAUCCAAUGUUUACAAUGAAAAAGUUUUUAUUUUCCUUUGGGAGUUUAUUGUAUUAUCAGUGGAAAUUAUGAUAUUUUAUCAACUUAAAUAUAUAGUAUAUAUGUACUUUAAAGGUAGGGUCGACUAUGUAGCA